AUGAUUAAUAAAUUAGGUUAUGUUAGGGCAUCACUCGAAGCGAUCAAAUUCAAUAGCACUGAACGAAAACGGUUGACACAAAACGCCAAGAAAAUAAUCGAAGAACAAAGUCGAAUGGACAGCACACGGAUGAGCGCCGACCGAUUGAUCGAUAAAUUGUUGGCCGAAUCCAAUCUGGACGGCGAUGAAGAAUACAAUGAAUCGGUUGGACUGGAAUUGAUUGUCGGCAAAGACGGUACGACAACGUUGGGCACACGGCAUGGAAAUAGCAAUAGUAGACAACAGCCACAUACCGGUUAA